AUGGCCCGUAUCGUCAGUGCCAAGCAACGAAAUAGUAGGCACACUGCACACUAUGCCGACUUUCUGCAAAAAUUCGCUCAACGCGAGAAAGAAAAGCGAACGAUCACCAAGCCAUCUCCUCUCAACGCCAGACAGCGUGCCGCCCUUCGUGAGCAACUCCAGGACAUGCGCUUUCUCAAGCCGGAUUACGCCGAUGGGACCAAGAUUAACAUUGCACGGAUAUUGAGGAAGUGGAAAAUAUACUGUAAAGCUACCGAAAGCGGCCCUUGGAUGGAGGUGAUCAAAAGACUCGAUCGACCAAUGGCGAUGGAUUUCCUCGACCAUCUUUGUGAAAGAUGGAAGAUCACAUCUGAAGGCACUUCAUGGGAGUAUUGGCGUCAGUACAAGCAGCUCUACAGCAGCGUGACGGGUCGAUAUUUCGACAGGAACGACAAUAGGGAGGUUCAGAAGUGGCACGAUACCGUUCUAGUCUCUAAGUGGAAGCUUCGACCUCCCAACAUCGACGGGAAGCCAGUCCUUGGGACCGAUGACCUCCUGAUACUGCAGACCUUUAAUAUCGCGUACGACGAAGGCGUCUUCCCUUCGGAGCGACACCGCAUCCAACUGUCUGGAUGCUACCUGCUCCUAGCGUUUACUGGCGCCCGACCUGCCGAGAUCGUUGACAAUGAGAAAAGGAGGCCGAAAGAUGAGGACUUGGCCUACGAUUCGGAUCAGCCUGUCGAUGACGACUCUCGCUUACUCGAGAACAUGUUGUACCAAGAAACCAUAGCUCGCGGACGACCAAAAGCUCUAUGCUAUGAAGACAUAUGCCUUUCAUUCAUCACAAAGGAGUUGAUCGUGUGA